ACGUGUCCUCGCCCAGACUGCCGUGACGCUCUACGCAGGCGUGCGCUGAUAUCGUUGCACAAGUGUUGCCACUCGAUGUCUCGACUGCAGGCCAACUUCACUGGCCAAGCGAGACCAAAGAGAGAGAUCAAUCUGGGCGGUUCGAGCACUUCCAGUACCUUACGCAGUGAUGGCAUGCAACUCGAUGGUCCCUUGGCAAGCACGUCGGGUCAUGCAUCGAGUACACCGGCAGCAGGAAGCACCAUUGGUCGCUUGCGACUGGAGCGUGAGGCUAGGGAACGACAGCGCUUGCAGAAACUCGCAGUGGCGAGGAUCGAGAGCUUUUGGACCGGACGCCGAGCUGCUGCCAAUCUGAGGCGGACCUAUCGAGCUCGCUUCGACCUCUUGCUUGCACAAGUGAAUGACACUGAGCCACCGUCACCUGCAACCGACCCUGCUUCUCAGGCCAGACCUCGGCGUACGGUGGAGCUGACGCGGCAUCUUGUUCACGCUUUCGCGAGCGGCGAGGCUCAAGACGCCAGACGUCUGGCAGCAUGGGCACGGUACAUCAUGUCAGAUGUAGCAUCAUCAAAACAGACCAAAGGCAAGGCCAUAACGCCCUCCAUCUUAGCAGAGCCGAUCCGCGUCACCGAGCUUGCCUCAAGUUGGCUUACAAAUCUCUGGUUAGCUUGCAUCAAUCUCCUCAGGCAACUGGCUCACAGGCCACGAGCGCCCUCCAAUUUGCUGUUUCUCGAAGUGCUCAAGUACGCCACCGAUAGUACCAAGUGGGAAAUGCAGCUGCCAUCAAGAGGCGCUUCCGCUUGCGCUGCACUGACACGAGCUCUUCUGAUGCGCUGCAGUUUCUUCGAGCUGCUGUCGACGUUUCUUCGGGCGCAGGGCGGCCAGCAAGGCACUGCCGCUCUCCGUAGUAGCACAUCAGUGAUUGUCAUCAACGUCUUUGGUAGUGUCGAUGCAGCAAAGCAGAUACAGCAGUCUGCGCUUCGAUCUCUGCUAUCAAACUGGCUGUCAAUACCCAAUCUGGCGCAAGAAUUGCCUCAGACCGCGCUAAAGAGCCAACAAGAGGCAGUCGUUCGCGAGAUACCUUUGCUAGAGGCAGACAGUCUGCCGAUCGUCGCCAAUGCGCUCCAAACUGUGGAUACAGCAACAAGGGCUCAUCUGGCGAGCAACAUCGUCAGCUUGCUACAUGAUCAAGUCACGCGAUUCGACAAAAGUCAGUUCAAGGCUUACCUAGACCUGCUCAUCACGACGCUAUCGGCCUUUUCAGCGGCCAGCCUCGAUGCAAAGCAAGCUGUAGUCACGGAUGGAAUCCAGGCAGGCCUGGCCAGGCAACUAGCCGGUCAUGGCGAUGGAAGCGAGGACGACGAUGAAUUGCAAGACCAAAAGAUGGAAUUGGACAUGCCGGGUGACAGCAGCCUAAAUACUGCCGACAAGACCUCUAUCGCCAGGCUCGCGUCAGUCCAGCAUAUAGCGAGCUUGCAAGCAGCAGCAGCGCGCUAUGUCAACACUACACAAGAUGAAUUUGUUUCUCUGAUGGUGUCUCUUAUCGUCGCUUGGCCAAGCCGUAAAGACGAGAUACUUACGGCGCUAUUGCACACAAGCUCGCGCGGUGCAGGUCUUGUGCGCGAGACCUGGCGAUCCUCGGUUCGACCGAGUGCCCUUGCCCGAGCGCUGUCGGUACAGCGCGAAGGCCUCAGCUCAGUACUCAGUGCUCUCAAGGAGCCUAGCUUUGCUAGGACUUGGCCGGCGCUGAUACUUCUUCUCGACAUGUACAAUCGCUUACUACUGACGAUAGGCGAUGACGACUUUUUCGAGGCUGGUCCGCGCAAUCCGCUUCAAAUCGAAGACAUCGUUAUGCUCUCUGCACUUGCAAGGAAUAUCGCCUUCGCCCUGUAUUGGACCGAGGGGCAGACGGAUGUGCGCACAAUGAAAGUGGCUGGCACGAGCGUUUCGUACGACAGUAUCAGACGGACUGCAACUUUCUUCUUGCAAAACAUCCACGCUCGCGAUUCUCGGCGGCCAUUUGUGCCCGAGGAUCAUUGGCUCAUGACGGAUCAAUUCGAUCUCGAUUCGUUCGUAUCGUCGGCAUUGACAGAAGAGCGCAAGCUAGACGACGAAGAGGCGAUCUCUGUACCUUCGCCCAUGCGAUACCCCCGACGAGCAUACGGUCCUGCUCAUCCCUCUCCUGCUGCUCGACAUCGCAGUAGCUUCAACAAGCAGGCAUCUUACGUUAGUCCGCGCCUCGGUGUGCUCAAUAAUAUCCCCUUUGUCAUCCCGUUCAAUACUCGAGCCGAGAUCUUUCGGCACUUUGUGGAGAACGAUCGCGAGAAGCUCGGCGACGGACACUGGUUCCGAGGCGCUCGACGAGCGAUCAUUCGUCGCGAUCAUGUUGCAGACGAUGGUUUCGCUCACCUCGCUAAGCUCGGCAAAGAACUCAAGCAUCGCAUGCAGAUCACAUUCGUCGAUGUCUUUGGCGAAGAGGAAGCUGGUAUUGAUGGCGGUGGACUGACAAAAGAAUUCCUCACAAGUCUAGGCAAGGAAGUCUUUGACACAGAUCGAGGCUUAUGGCGCGCAAAUGCAAAGCAGGAGCUCUAUCCAUCACCGAGCCUGUACGCGCGGGGCUCGGAUCAGCUAGCGUGGUUCCGAUUCCUCGGUCAGAUCACUGGCAAAGCACUAUAUGACGGCAUCCUCGUCAACACACCUUUUGCAGACUUCUUCCUCGCAAAAUGGCUGGGCCGAUCUAACUUUCUUGACGACUUGGCUUCGCUCGAUCCAGAGCUAUACCAGGGCCUGGUGUUCCUCAAGAAUUACGCUGGCAACGUGGAAAAAGAUCUCGCUCUCACGUUUAGCGUGACGGAUGAAGAAUUCGGCGAAUCGCGCACGAUCGAUUUGAUACCCGACGGCAGCAAUGUAGCAGUGACAGCAAGCAACCGUAUUCGCUACAUUACCCUUGUCUCGCACUAUCGUCUCAACUAUCAAAUUCGCGAGCAGUCGGAAGCGUUUACGGCCGGAUUAUUUGACAUCAUCGAGCCAAGAUGGCUGCGCUUGUUCAAUCAGUCCGAGCUACGACUAAUCUGUUCCGGUACGAAUUCAGAGAUCGAUCUGGAAGACCUCAGACGUAACACUGUCUACGGCCGUCUAGACGAGGGUGGCGAUCUUGUGCGAUGGUUCUGGUCGACCGUCAAAGCAUUCAGCCAAGCCGAGAAGGAAGCCCUGCUCUCUUUCGUCACGAGCUGCCCGCGGCCUCCUCUGCUAGGCUUCAAAGAGCUACGACCAUCCUUCUGCAUUCAGGCUGGCGAAAAUGACCCCGGGCGCUUACCGACAGCGUCGACUUGUGUCAACUUGCUUAAGCUGCCAGCUUACACGAGCCCUGACACACUUCGGCAGAAACUGCUCACAGCGAUCCAGUCAAAGGCAGGAUUUGACAUGUCUUAGAGCAUUUAGAUCUGUUGUUGCUGAUACUUGUAGAUGCAAUGAGUGAUGCACAUCUAAGAUGAGCAAGGUGUAGGUUGCGGAAAGGGAAGAACUACAGUGAAAGUCUAUAAACAGUUUUGUAAAGUGGAGGUGCUCUAUAGCUUGGACGAUCUCGUCUUCUUGACAUCAUCGUGUUUGACAAUCGAGGCUUGUCCAUC